AUGAAUGAAGCAGGAAUAAGGGAAGGUGAUAUAUAUAUGAUGGGGGAGAGGAUCCCACCAGGGAGUUACUUUCAGUAUCCGCCUUCUGGAGUUCCUGCUUCUCCUCAUAGGGCUUCUUCUCUUCCUACAGAUCGUGAUAGAUAUUUAGCUGAAUUAUUGGCAGAGAAACAUAAGUUGGUACCUUUUACCCAAGUUCUGCCUCUAUGUACCAGGCUCGUUAAUCAAGAGAUCAGAAGGGUCUCAAGUCUUACUCCUAGUUUUGUCGAUCAAGAGCGAUUUGAACAUGAUAGUCCUUUCAGGUCAUUAGGUCAACAUCCCAAUGGGAGACAGAUGGAUUUGGAGGGUUGGUCUGUAAUGCAAACAGAGGAAAAUGGGCAUAUGCAACGAGUUCCUCCAAUUCAAGCUGCAUCAGUGGGUUGGCCCGGUUUGCCUAGAGCCCCUACAACACCGAUUGUAAAGAGAGUUGUUAGACUUGAUGUUCCUGUGGAUAAAUAUCCAAAUUACAAUUUUGUUGGCCGAAUUUUGGGACCACGGGGAAACUCCCUAAAGAGAGUUGAAGCCAUGACAGAGUGUAGGGUGUACAUACGAGGCAAGGGUUCAGUCAAGGAUUCUGUAAAGGAAGAGAAACUGAAAGAUAAACCUGGAUACGAACAUCUUAAUGAGCCACUGCAUGUGUUGGUGGAGGCUGAAUUUCCCGAGGAUAUGGUAAAUUCUCGUCUGGAGUAUGCUGUUGCAAUACUAGAUAACCUUCUGAAGCCAGUGGAUGAAUCCUUGGAUAGCUAUAAGAAACAGCAGCUUAGGGAGUUAGCUUUGCUAAAUGGUACCUUAAGGGAAGAGAGCCCAAGCAUGAGCCCAAGUAUGAGCCCAAGCAUGAGCCCAGGUAUGUCGCCUUUCAACAGUACGGGAAUGAAGCGGGCGAAGACGGGAAGAUGAAGAAAUCCCUUGUUUUCUGCUGGUUCUGAUCAUCAAUUGAAAUCGAGAUGGCUUGGCUUGGCUUUUGUGAUGGAUGAUGUAUUUCACCUUAACUUAGGGAGGCUGAGUUAGGAAGAUCUAAGUCAAAACUCCCAUCAGUUUUUGGGCUGCAUAUGGGUUUUCUUCUCCACUGAUAUUCCUUUUCUUUUCCUUCUUUUAUGUAUUAUUCAUUGCCCCUCCCAUAAGGUUUGACGUCAGUCUGUAUUUCCACUAGUUCAAGAAUAACUUGUUUCCCUAAUUAUUUUCGCCUGCUUCCGAUGUGCUCCCAUGAUUCUUUGUACUGACAAUUUUACAUGCAUAUUUCUAUGUAUGCCCUUCGUCAUAAGAUACAAUCAGUCCCUUGUAUUAUCUUUUACCUUCAUAGCAAGUAUUAUCUCUCUAUCUUGUUCAUUUUA